UCACUACUAGAAAUUACAUUGUUAAUGUUGUCUCUAAUUCCUAAUAAAUGACCAGACAGUCAUCCAUAAAAAGUAGUUGGCAACAGAUGUUAAAGAUUGUAGUUCUAGAACAGUAACAGAGUUAUCUGAUGAAAUGAAAUCAGGGUCUGUUUGUUGUGUGAUCCCUGUUUCUUCCUCACUGCAAAUCCAAGACGACAAACCACAGGAGAAGCAAGACAAGUAAAAUGGCCAGAGAAUCAUCUGGUAAUUUGGAGUCUACAUCACCAUGUGACCUCCAUCUUCAUGUACAUGGUAGGAUCUUCAGACUAAACAGAGAACUCGUGGUCUCAAAAUCAGCUAAACUAGCCAUCUUACUCAAAGAGAGUCAACAUGAAGAGAAGCCUUCCCUUUCACUCCCAGACAUCCCUGGGGACUUGAAAACUUUUGAGCUUGUUGCAAGGUUCUUCUAUGGUUGUGAAUUGAAUCUCUCUGCCAGUAAUGUUGUCCCUCUUGCCUGUCUUGCUUACUAUCUAGCUAUGACAGAAGCUCACAGCCCCAAUAACCUCUUAAAAAAGACUCUUGCCUUCUUCGAGGAAAGAGUCCUUCCGAGCUGGAAUGAAUCCAUCAAAGCCUUCCGAUCCACAGAGCAUUUUCUUAAGGAAUCUUCCUUUGUUGGUUUGAUCAAUGCCUGCUUGGAUUCUAUAACCAAGAAGGCACUAGCUGAUCCCCACCUUCUCGGUGGACCAAUUCAGCAUCCAAUCCAAGAAGACAUUAAUGACAACAGCAACAGAAAAAAUGAGCAGAGGAGGAUUUCAAGGAGACUUUUUGUUCACGAAUGUCAAUCAGAAGAUUUGAACACGUUGCCUCUCUGUCUUUAUGAGCUCAUCAUGUUGUCCAUUAUUCAGCAUGGUGUCCGAUCAGAAUACAUAGCUGGUUCACUUUUCCAGUAUGCAAAGAAGUGGGCUUUCACAGAAAGUGGAGAGGCAGGUGUAGUGAUGUACAUGAAGAUGGUCCCUCAGAGGGAAGUCAUUGAAGUUGUGCAAAGGCUGUUGCCUGAUAAAAGAAGCCUGAUACCUUGCAAAUUACUCUUUGAAAUGCUUAGAGCAGCAUUCACCUUGGAAGCUAGCUCGGACUGCAUAAAUGGGUUGGAGCUUAGGAUUGGGAAACAACUUGAUGAAGCUACAGUAGAAGAUUUAUUAAUACCUUGCCAAAGUUACGCCAGGGAAAUGCAGUAUGACAAGGAGUGCGUCAAGAGAAUUUUGAAGAACUUCUAUCGCAAUUACGCAUCCAAAGAUGACCCAUCUAGGCUCAUCACAGUUGCAGUGCUGAUGGAUGAGUUCUUGGCAGAGGUUGCUGGGGAUAUUGAUAUGCAAAAGGAUACAUUUAUAUUGUUAGCAGAGAUGUCGGUUGCUGCAUCACAAGGGACUCAACGAAAUUCUGAUGGGAUAUACAGAGGCAUUGAUAUUUACUUGGAGAAGCAUGGGUACCUGACAGAGUCAGAGAAAGAGGAGGUUUGCAGGAUGCUGGAUAUCCAAAAGAUGUCAGCAGCAGCACGUGAACAUGCCGCAAAAAAUCAGAGACUGCCGCUGCGGGUGAUGGUGCAAGUGCUGUUUGCAGAGCAAUUGGAUCUGAGGGACAUAGUUUCCAAUGAAAUGCAAGAUUUAGAGGAGCGGUGGGGAAGGGAUGAGGAGAAGGUGGUGGUGGUAGGUGAUGGGGAAGAAGAGGAGGUGAGGAUAGAGAUGGAGGAGAUGGAUGGGAGGGUGAUGGAGUUGGAGAAGGAAUGCUAUAGAAUGAAAAGGGAGAUUGAGGUGGGUGGACGUCCUGCACUCAAGAAGGAUAAGGAGAACCUAUGGAAACAAUUGAAGAGGAAGCUUGGUUGCAGCUGUAGCAUUCACGACUAUGACUGCCAUGUUAAGAAAAAGAAGAGCAUGCAGCCAAGGGACGAUGAUUCUUCACUCUGAUUACUUCCUCUCUUUCUCUCUACAGGAUUGCCUAUCGUCUAGAAUGAAAUUGUCACUGAACUGCUGAAGUGCCAAAAUAUAAAUGUGUUAAUUUCCACUAAAAAUUGAGUACCAAAUAGUAAAAGUUUUUCUCUGCC